GGGUUGCACCACUAAAGUUGUCACAGUUUAGUUGUUCUUUCAGUUUUCUUCUUCAAAGAGAUCACCACUUCCUCCUCUUUCUCUCUCCUCUUAAAUUUCUUCAUCUUUCAAACUUUGCCACCUGCAAAUUCAACUUACCAAUACAACUAAAAAAGGAAAUUAAAUUAUUAUUAAACUAGUGCGUAGCACAAAUGAUGGACAAGGUAAAUUCCACAAUGGGCUUAGUCCGAACAAAAUCGGACCAACUAGUGGAGUCGAUGGCAGCAGCAAUGGCGGCAAUGAAAUCCCCGCCAUCAGGGGACGGGAGUAUGGUGCCUACGGCUGAUGGAUCGCAUAAAUCGAGCCGUAGGAUAACCUCUCCCGGAGUGAAUAGGAGCAGUAGGAACUACAACAACAAUAGUCACAUUAGGAAAACAAGGAGUGCUCAAUUAAAACUUGAUAUUGAUGAUCUUAGCAAUGGGGCAGCCCUAAGUAGAGCCUCUAGUGCUAGCUUGGGUCUCUCCUUCUCCUUCACUGGCUUUAGCGUUCCUCCUGAGGAUAUUGCUGAUUCUAAGCCCUUCAGUGACGAUGAUAUUCCUGAGGAUCUUGAAGCGGGAACACGUAGGAAGAGACUCGACGCAGAGCCAACUUUUCCAAUCUAUCUGAAGUUUAAAGAAGUUACAUACAAGGUUGUUCUCAAAGGAUUUUCAAAUACAGAAGAGAAGCAAGUCUUACAUGGAAUCACAGGUUCAGUGAAUCCUGGAGAAGUGCUGGCUCUGAUGGGCCCUUCUGGAAGCGGGAAGACAACACUUUUGAAUGUUCUUGGAGGAAGGUUAACUCAGCCCAAAGCCGGAGGUUCUGUUACGUAUAAUGAUCAGCCAUACUCAAAACUCCUGAAAAGCAGGAUAGGGUUUGUGACUCAAGAUGAUGUUCUAUAUCCUCACCUCACUGUGAGAGAAACCCUUACAUAUGCUGCAUACUUACGGCUGCCAAAAAAAUUAACGAAGAAAGAAAAGGAACAACGAGCUAUGGAUGUCAUUUGCGAGCUAGGGUUGGAGAGAUGUCAGGACACAAUGAUAGGCGGUUCCUUUGUUCGUGGAGUUUCAGGUGGAGAAAGGAAGAGAGUUUGUAUUGGUAAUGAGAUAUUAAUCAACCCUUCCCUUCUCUUCCUAGAUGAACCAACCUCAGGCUUGGAUUCUACAACCGCCUUAAGGAUCAUCCAGGUGUUGCAAGAUAUAGCCGAGGAUGGGAAGACGGUCAUAACUACAAUCCACCAACCAUCAAGCAGACUUUUUCACAAGUUUGACAAACUAAUCCUUCUCGGAAAAGGAAGCUUGCUUUAUUUUGGAAAGGCAUCAAACGUGAUGAGCUAUUUUGCUACCAUAGGGUGUACCCCUCUGAUAUCCAUGAAUCCAGCAGAAUUCCUGCUAGACCUCGCCAAUGGGAACAUAAAUGACGUAACUGUACCAUCAGAAUUAGAUGAUAAAGUACACAUGGACGACCCAGAAACUGAAAGACCGAAUGGUAAACCAUCUGCUGCAGUUAUCCAUGAGUAUCUUGUGGAGUCCUACGAAUCACGAGUAGCAGAGAAAGAAAAGAGGAAGCUUGGAAUCCCUAUACCAAUAAAUGAAGAAAUGAAGUUGAAAUUAUCAUCUGUGAAGCGAGAAUGGGGAGCAACCUGGUUUCAACAAUAUUCAAUUUUAUUCAAGAGGGGAAUCAAAGAGCGAAGGCAUGAGUAUUUUAGCUGGCUGCGGGUUACCCAAGUUUUGGCCACAGCAGUUGUACUCGGGUUACUUUGGUGGCAGUCAGAUAGCAAAACUGAGAAGGGACUAGAGGAUCAGGCAGGGCUGCUUUUCUUUAUCGCUGUUUUUUGGGGUUUCUUUCCCGUCUUCACAGCAAUUUUUGCAUUCCCUCAAGAGAGAGCAAUGCUUCAGAAAGAAAGAGCAGCUGACAUGUAUCGAUUAAGUGCCUAUUUCCUUGCAAGAACGACAAGUGACCUACCACUCGAUCUUGUGCUUCCAGUUCUCUUCCUGCUAGUAGUCUACUUCAUGGCAGGCCUAAGGCCUGACGCAGUAACUUUUUUUCUAACAGUACUGACAGUUUUCCUCUGCAUUGUAGCUGCACAGGGACUUGGAUUGGCAAUAGGAGCUUCUCUAAUGGACAUUAAGAAGGCAACAACUCUAGGUUCUGUAACAGUAAUGACCUUCAUGUUGGCUGGUGGAUACUUUGUAAAGAAAGUUCCGAUAUUCAUAUCAUGGAUCCGUUACCUUUCUUUCAACUACCACACCUAUCGGCUGCUUCUCAAAGUACAUUAUGAGAAUCACAUUCAGCCCACAAAUUUGAUGAAAUUUGACAGUGGCUUAAUGGAGGUUGGUGCUCUGAUUGCCAUGGUCUUUGGCUACCGAUUAUUAGCAUACAUAGCCCUUAGGAGAAUGCGGCUUCAAUAAUAAGCUAUACCCACGGACCUAUUCAUUGGAUUACAAGCAGCGCAGCCUCCAAAUUUUUCUCCGAUUCCAAAUGCCUACCAGGGAGAAAUCUGUCAUAGUCACUGUCAAAAAGGGUAAGAAGAAAAGGCCAGCCUAGCAAAGAUGCUGAUCCAACUCCAGUUCUCCAAGUACUUUUAGUUAUUACUUCAGCCAAUGUAACAAAGAGCAUAGAGAAGUUAAAUGUCAGUUGCUUACAAGUGUAGUGAUAAUGUGCAAAAUAUAUCUUGAGAUAAGCUUUUUUCUAGUAAUAUCACUCUCAAAUUCUCAACUUUAUCCUAAGUUUAAUGUUAGUUCUCUCUCUAAUUGAUGUAAACAGCUUCGAGUAAUGGAAAAACAGUUUGAAGUAAAA